AUGACGAGUUUUGACAGAAGGGACAUCGAAAUCCAAGUUAGACACAAUCUUAAGUUUAAAAAGAUGCUAAAUGUUGUCAGAUAUUCCCCCGAUGGAACGAUAUUAGCAGUGGGAGCAAAUGACGGAAUUAUUUCUUGUGUGAAUACAGAGAAUGGACAAAUUAGUUUUGUCUUAGACCCAUCGCAACAGCCACCAGAAUUCCACAGCGAGGCAGGGGUCUUUCACAUGGCUUUUACCCAAAGCGGCGAGGAACUUGCUGGUAGCUAUAGCGAUGGGUACAUUCGAAUAUGGCAGCUACCAAUGAUCUUUAACCUAAAGUUCCUGUGCCGACAAGUGAUUAACACCCGAGUCUCACCAAGUAAAGUUGACAGGCUUCCGUUGCCAACGCGUCUCAAGAAUUUUCUACUUCACAAACACUUUUGA